UCGCGUACGGACCGGUUUCUGUCGUAGCUCCUCAAUGCGUGCAUCGUCUGGAGUUCCUAUAUCCAAUACAUACAUCCUCGGUAAAAAAAAAAACAAGUAACUCAAAACAGUGUAUUAGUGACAACUCUAAGCUCAGUGCAAGUUCUUUUGUUAUUAAUCAUGUAACCGGAGUGGAGUGCACUGUGUGCAAAACAUACAUCAUUCCUGUCAACAUUGUGUCUCAAAAUAAUUAAAUAGUGCCGCACCCCUUCGCCGUGUGCUGCUCUAAAUGCCAUACGUGUGCAAAACUAGUGGAAUGCAGCAAUUGAUCAACCAUAUGAAAAGAAAGCGUGUCUAUUUGCAAAUAACAUCGACCAGAAGUGAUUUCUCUAAUUACCCUCUCACACGAGCUGCAAGUUGAAGUUACGUGAGUCAAAUUUUUUGAUGGCUAAUCAAUUUACGCUGCUCGAGGCAAGUGAAUAGAAGAAAGAAGCAGCUCAAGUAAACGCAGUGCCAGUGUAGUGGUGAUACUGUGUUUUUGAUACUGUUGUGCAAUUUUUAAGUAAUGGUAGUUGUAUGCGCUGGAAUUGAAGCUGACCAAUGUGUCAAUCAUAACAACAGUGUAACUUGAGUGAGUUGAAUAUUCCUGCGUGGCAUACUUGGAUUUUGGAGCGACUGGUGGAUGGAGAGUAGGUGCGUUCAGUAAACCAUCAUCUGUCAACUGUCACUAUCAUAGAGACCAACAAUGGCAGACCCAGCAUCAGCUACACCGGUACCGGUCCCCCGCCCUCGCCAUCGACCCAACAACGCUGCCAGUACCACCACAGAAGACAACAAAGUCACGAACGAUAGCAGCACAUCUAGCCAAGAUGAACCGGACUGUAUUGGCACAAGCAGUGAAACCAUUCCAUCGAUCUACCCAAAGCUCGAACAGGGCAGCUUCCCAUCGCUGUACCGCAAGCAGGACUACGAAAACUUCGAAAUCAUCCACCCGAAGAGCAGGGCACCCAAGGUCCAGAACAACAAACCCGAAUCGGAUGCCAGUUCAAGACCCGUUCCGGCUCCGAGGCGCAGCAAGGUCGUCGUUCACGAAGAUCAGGAAAGUUCAAGUCAAUACCAGAACGUUACACCGGCAGCAGUAACGACAGGUGCCAUAAAGAAACCUCCGAUUACGCCAGCACCCACAUGUCCUGGAAUCACUACAGUUCGCAACGAUCUACGGGGAAAUGGUUCGUCGGCCACCACCCCACCGGGGACCACCAGUAGCAAAAGGUUUAGUUUCGACAGUGAUUCACUUCCGGAGUUGAAAAAUCGCAGCGAAUCGGAUGGGGUGUCCAUCGGGAGCGGUGAUAGCGGUAGGAAGUAUAAGACUACCUCUCCAGGGGAGCUGUUCAAAUCGAUUGGGAUGACAUCCAAGCUCUUAACGGAGUCCAUCACCGAACGAAUGACGCACAAGUCCAAGAAGGUUGCCACCAAGUUGGACAAGAACUUUAAAAACUGGGGCACAGAAGCGAGCAGUAAGUUCAAGAGCGUCAGCAAAUCGAUCAACAGCUUAGCGGAGGACAAGCUAUCGAUGUCGUUGGCCCGUGGUAAAGACGGCAAAGCCGGACGGAGUAACAGUACGACAGAUGAACCGGAUUUCCUGGAACGGAGACAGACCGUACCGGCGGAGAACAGUGAUCUCAUGAAGAACAUUCAGUUCAACAGUCCGUUGAACAAUAAGAUUAACAAUCAGGAAGAUCUGACCAAAGGGUCAUCUUCCUCGUCCACGUACGACAUUCCGAAGAGUGCCAAAAGGACAAACUUUGAAGAGCCUCCACCGUACGACACUUCGAUGAAGUCCAAGUCCAACAGUAGCAUGAGCUUGGCGUCGGCUUCAUCCUCGUCAACGAAUCCACCUCCGACGGGGGUGUUCACCAGGAAUUCAGGGUUGAGUCAAAGUUUGUACAGCAAAGUUGUGCCAAAGAAGGAUCGAAAUGGAGGAUUUCCUUCGCCAGUACCACUGCGUCAGAAGAAUAAGAGCGAGUCGAACUUGCAGGAGAGUAAGUUCUACAUAGAUUCCGUUCGGGAAGUGGAUAUCGAUAGCAGUUCGGAGAAUAUCCCACAUCCGAAGUUCCCUGCUCCAGUUUUUCAUGCCGAAGAAGCUCCCGGAAAGCGUGAGAACCCCUAUGGAAAGCUCAAUAUCAUUCCAAAAUCGACUUUAAGUAGUUCCUCGGAGGAGGACAACACCCUGCCGGAGAUGCUGCAGCACAUCAAGAUCCGGAAGAAAACCGAAACCUACGAAAACGUCGCACUCGGUAGCUCUUCAGGUCCGGAUUCCCAGAGGGCUACCUGCAAUUCGGUGAAUCGUGUCUUCUCUCGUCGUUCAUCGUCCAUCGACGAGCUGCGGAACAAUCUGAAUCUGCGUUCGGAUUCAUGGAAUUUCUACGACAUAAGCACCCGGAAUGCCCAGCAACGAGAUGACGAAGACGAAGAUAGCUCUCGUUUGAGCACUCCGGAACCAAUGUACGCCAAUGAAAAUCAACUCUAUGGGCAAAUUUGUGAAAUGGAGACUUCCCUGCUAAAACCAGAACUGCUGAAUGCUCGACCUGCCCGGCAUGACUACGAUGAGGUCUCCAUCUCUGACAUUAUUGACGAGUUCGACCCAUUGGCUCAUCGACGAUCCCUGGCUGCAAUGAUUGAGAAGACCGGAGGAAACGCCGAACUAACGUUGAUCGAAAACAUUCUCAGUGCAGAGACCUACGGACGACAAGCGAGAUUGGAGCAUUCGGAUGAGAACCUAGUGCUGCAGAAUAUCCCCAAACAGCUGCCGAAACCUCCGAAACGUUCCGAUUCACUAUUGGAAUCAACUGUAAAGGAUGAUGCUGGUCCACCGAACAAGGAACCCCCUCCGAUUCCUCGCAGGAAGAAAUCCCGCAGUCCCAAAAGGAGUAUGAUCAUUCACCAGAAUCUGAAUUUACCGUCCGAUAGUAUCGAGAAUCUGGUUGAUGAGAUGGAGAUUGAACCGUACCUGGCGAAAGUUGAUGAGCCGGGUUCGAGUCAAGAGCAAGCAGAUUUGAGCUAUCCGUCGAGUAGCCAAGGUCCACAGACCAGUUGGUUCGUAGCGGAUCAUGCCUCCGGUCCAGAACCGGACAAGUUCCACAAAUCUACAAAGGUGAACCCGUUGAACGAGAAGGCCGACUGCAAACCGGUGGAGAAGAUCCAGAAGGAGCUUCCGACGGAGUUAACGCGAAUCAACGAGGACGAUACGUAUCUUCCGUCGUACAUGGAAGCCAUAGGCGCAGAAGUACAUAGUGAUCCGCUACCAGGACCUUCCUGUAGUAAGCCCAGCGUGACGUCCAAGCUGUUCAAUGCGCUGAAGCGUAAAUCUAGCUUCAAAGGAAAGACCGAUACGCGAACGGUUCUGGAGAUGAUCCCAAAGCCUUUGCUGACCGAGAGGUUCAUUAGUCACCAUGGACAUGUCCUGAAGCUGCCUUCCGGAAUGAUCGGAGAUGUAUUCAACGAGUUGGCUCCUAGGUCGGCCCUAUUGAAGGAAAAGAUCAUCCAGACGUACCAAGAUCCGCAGAAAACGCAACCCAAGGAGACGUUGCAUCUGAAGUUCAUACUGAGCUUGCAGUGCGUAGUGCAGCACAAGUUCAACAAUGAAGGUGGACUGGAUUUGCAUUGCUUUGAGGUCGUGCUGGCACUGCCGAAGAAAGAAGGAAGCUCCGGAGCCAAUCAACAGCUGGUAACGAAUCCGAAUCUCGUGAUUACGAGCAACAAUAGUGGGAAUGUGAAAACUUUGCGGCAGUCGUACAUAUUUGGGGUCCAUAAGCGAUCGGAUAGGAACCUCUGGAUGGCGAAGAUCUUGCAGUCUGUGACGGAAGUGUUUCCGGAUACGUGCCUAGCGGAGUUUACGCGAGCUGGUUGGUGUUAUAUGAGGAAAUCGGUUUCGUCUAGCUGGAGUGGAGCGUGGCUGUUGCUGGCCAAGCGUCGGUUGUAUUUUUACAAUUACCAGGAUCGGCAACUCGAGCAACUGGAUCUGAGGAAGGCUCGGUGCAUCGGAGGGAUAGAAUCAGACGAAUCGAUCCGGAAUCUACACACCGAAGCAGGGCCUUCGUUGUUCAUCGACUGUCCUCCGUAUGCUACGUUGUAUUUCAUCAUGGCUUCCCCACGAGAAAGCCAAAUUUGGAAGAAAAUCAUCAAGGAUACGGCUCACAAAAACGGAACCAGUAUCCAUAGCCAGCAGUUGACCAAACACGACGUCCCCGUGAUGAUCGACAAGUGCAUCAACUUCAUCUAUGCUCAUGGGUCGAUGUCCGAGGGUAUCUACCGCAAGUCCGGUUCCUCUAGUCAGGUCAACAAGAUCUUACAGCUCUUCAAGGAGGACGCCUUCGCGGUUCAGCUCACCCGUGGUGAGUUCAACGAAUAUGACGUCGCCGGAGCAUUGAAGAAGUUCAUCCGGGAAAUCCCGAACUCGUUCUUUGGAAGCUACGCGAUCAGUUUCGUCAGUAUUACCAGUCUAAAGUCUGCCAAGGACAAGAUCGAUUCCUACAAGGAACUUCUCUUGCGUCUUCCGAAAAUCGAAUAUCAAACCUUGAAGAAGCUAAUCGGACAUCUAAGCUUCAUCGCUUCGUUGGAGCAGCACAACAAAAUGGGCGUCCCAAAUUUGGCUAUGAUCUGGGGAUCGACGCUCAUGGCAAACUCUAGCCAGAACAUGGAAGCCGAACAGUAUACCUAUAGCCAGGAAGAGUCGGACGUUGUUGUGGAUCUGAUUAAACUGUACAAGAACAUGUUUACGAUCACACCGGAAGAGGUCAAGAAGGAGCUGCUGAUGCUGAAGGUCCUGCAAAAGUACCACGCUGCAGCGGAGAAUCUGUCCGAUUCAGUGAAGCACUCCGGAGAUUUGAAGGUCUGGAUUUCGAUCGAGUGCGACGAGGGAAGCAGUCGAGUGACGGCUGACGAGAAGACGCAGAUAAACGUUACGAUUACACCGACCAAGACGGCUUCCGACAUCUGCAAGGAGCUCGCAGAGAAAACUCCGUUCCAGUGGUACAAGCUGACGAUGUACGAGGUUAUCGGGGAAGGUUCGUUAACUCGACCCGUGCACUACAGCGAGAAAGCGUUGGAGAUUGUGUUGAGGUGGACCUACUGGAACGACGUCGAUCGGAAAAACAACUACUUAGCGAUACGGCAGACUACGACGCUGAACGACGUUUACCGGCACAUUCAGAAGGCUCCACUUUUGACGCCAACCACGGAACUGAAGUUUGCCGAUAGGAAGACGAAGUCGUUGCGCUGUUACAAACUUCAGCUGAUCGGGAAGGAGAUUGUAGUUUUGAAAAGGGUUGACAAAAAGGAUAAAGGCCUGUACGAGGAGCUGAUGAAGAUAGACCUGAGUAAGGUUGAUGCCUACAUAGGACGGGAGGCGAAACGGGAUCAGUCGAGUCUACGGUGGGCGAUAACGCUGGUGGAGCAUGACUUCAAGAAGCGGACACGUGAUGCCCCGUUUAUCGGCCACCUGUUCGGUGGGAUCGAUUUCAAUGAACAAGUUCUGUGGUAUUCCAGCAUUCUGUACAGCCUGCACAAGGAUGACAUCCUGCCGAGCAGCGAUUUGUUCUUCUAGCCGAUAGUUAGCCAAUAUUUACAAAAGAGUAUUCUCUAGGUUUUGACCAUUAGUUAUUCAAUUUAAAGAUGAAUAAAUGUUUCA